AUGCCACCACUGACUGGGGCAAAGCAGGCGGGAGGCGCCCCUCUGCCUGACCGCCCCGCUACCCCCCUGCUCACCCUAUCACGACGGCUCCUCUUCUCCUCCAGCACUUCCCCCGCAUGCAACUCCCAGGGCAGAUCUGGUGGUGCACUCAGCAGGCGGGAGGCGAGCCUUUGCCUUACUGCCGCGCUCCCCCCCUUCUCUUCCUAUCACCCCAACCCCUCUUCCCCCCAUAUUCCCCCGCAUGCGCCUCCCAGGGCAGGUCUGGUGGCGCACUCAGCAGGUGGGAGGUUUGGUGGCGCACUCAGCAGGUGGGAGGCGCGCCUCUGCCUGACUGCCGUGAUCCCCCCCUUCUCUUCCUAUCACCCCAACCCCGCUUCCCCCCAUCUUCCCCCACAUGCGCCUCCCAGGGCAGGUCUGGUGUGGUCUGGUGGCGCACUCAGCUGGUGGGAGGCGCGCCUCUCCCUGACUGCCGUGCUCCCCCCCUUCUCUUCCUAUCACCCCAACCCUGCUUCCCCCCAUCUUCCCCCGCAUGCGCCUCCCAGGGCAGGUCUGGUGGCGCACUCAGCUGGUGGGAGGCGCGCCUCUGCCUCAUUGCCGUGCUCCCCCCCUUCUCUUCCUGUCACCCCAACCCCGCUUCCCCCCAACUUCCCUCGCAUGCGCCUCCCAGGGCAGGUCUGGUGGAGCACUCAGCAGGGGAGAGGCGCGCCUCUGCCUGACUGCCGUGCUCCCCCCCUUCUCUUCCUGUCACCCCAACCCCGCUUCCCCUCAUCUUCCCCCGCAUCCGCCUCCCAGGGCAGGUCUGGUGGCGCACUCAGCAGGUGGGAGGCGCGCCUCUGCCUGACUGCCCCGCUAGAUCCCCCUUCUCUUCCUGUCACCCCAAUCCCUCUCUCCCUGCCUAUCCCCCGCAUGCGGCCCCCAGGGCAGGUUUGGUGGCGCACUCAGCAGGUGGGAGGCGCGCCUCUGCCUGACUGCCGUGCUCCCCCCCUUCUCUUCCUAUCACCCCAACCCCGCUUCCCCCCAUCUUCCCCUGCAUGCGCCUCCCAGGGCAGGUCUGGUGGCGCACUCAGCAGGUCGGAGGCGCGCCUCUGGCUGACUGCCGUGCUCCCCCCCUUCUCUUCCUGUCACCCCAACCCCUCUCCCCCCGAUUAUCCACCGCAUGCAGCCCCCAGGUGUGGUCUGGUGGCGCACUCAGCUGGGCAGGUCUGGUGGCGCACUCAGCAGGUGGGAGGCGCGCCUCUGCCUGACUGCCGUGCUCCCCCCCUUCUCUUCCUAUCACCCCAACCCCGCUUCCCCCCAUCUUCCCCUGCAUGCGCCUCCCAGGGCAGGUCUGGUGGCGCACUCAGCAGGUGGGAGGCGCGCCUCUGCCUGACUGCCUUGCUCCCCCCCUUCUCUUCCUGUCACCCCAACCCCUCUCCCCCCGAUUAUCCACCGCAUGCAGCCCCCAGGUGUGGUCUGGUGGCGCACUCAGCUGGGCAGGUCUGGUGGCGCACUCAGCUGGUGGGAGGCACGCCUCUGCCUGAUUGCCGUGCUCCCCCCCUUCUCUUCCUGUCACCCCAACCCCGCUUCCCCCCAUCUUCCCCCGCAUCCGCCUCCCAGAGCAGGUCUGGUGGCGCACUCAGCAGGUGGGAGGCGCGCCUCUGCCUGACUGCCAUGCUCCCCCCCUUCUCUUCCUAUCACCCCAACCCCGCUUCCCCCCAUCUUCCCCCGCAUGCGCCUCCCAGGGCAGGUCUGGUGGCGCACUCAGCAGGUGUGGUCCUGUGCCGCACUCAGCAGGUGGGAGGCGCGCCUCUGCCUGUCUGCCGUGCUCCCCCCCUUCUAUUCCUAUCACCCCAACCCCUCCCCCCCCACACUUCCCCCGCAGCCACCGCUCAAAUCCCACGUGUGGCGCAACGUACCCAAUCACCCGCUACCCCCAUGCUCUCCCAAUCACCCCACCCCCUCUCCCCCUCAUGCACUGCCUCUACCCCUUUAACCACGUGUCGCUGGUGGCGCACUUUGCAGUCCAAUAAAGGGCAUGCCUCUUCCAUCCUAAGAGCCUGCCGCAGGUCCCCCUCCCCGUGCACCCUCCCCCCUCUCUCCCCAGCGCACCCUCCCUUGCCAGGUGACUCCUAUAUGACGCUCGUGGCACACUCUGCAGGCGGGUACCUGGAUUGCCUCUUCUAG